AUGGAAAGGCUUUCAGAACGAGUUGGCGCCUCCACCAUUGCUGCUCCUGGUGCUGCUCGUGAUGGCAGUGGCGGUAGCCGCAAUUGCGGGGAGGACAGAUUAAGUGAGGGUUCAACUUCAAGCUCCACCACUGUCGCUCAUGGUGCUUCAGGAGAAGGAGAAUUGUCGAUCCAAGGGGGGGCUACUGGAGGGGAACAAGUCGGUAGAGCCAGUUUGGAAUCAGAUGCUGCUGCUGUUGGAGUGGGGGCUCGAAGGAGUGGCUCUCCUCCUGGUGGUGGGAGUCGGACUGAUGCAGUGCACACGGGCGGUGGGGAUAAGGGGAGGAGUGAUGGCAGAGAACAAGGAGCAGUUGUAGGAGACGAGAUAGAGUCACGCAGCAACGAAAGCAGCAAGAGCAGUGGAGGGGUGGAGGUGGAGAGGAGUGAUAAGAGCCGGAGCUCAACAUUGGUGAAUCUGGCCGCUGCCACUGAGACUGGCAUUCUGGUGGUCCUCCUGACCAACCCCAUCUGGCUCGCCAAGACGCGUCUACAGCUGCAGGGAGCCGUGCAUCCCAAGGGACCACCACACCAUGCUGCACCCGCCAGUGCUGCCAGUUCGACCAGUGCUGCUGGCACACAACCACCCUCACCACCAGGUGCAGCAGCAUCAAGGCCGACAGCACCAGCCGUACCCCUUCGCCCCCGGCAAUACCGAGGCUUUCAUGACGCCAUCUGGUCAAUAGUGAAGGAGGAGGGCGUUAGAGGGCUGUACAGAGGCAUCGGUCCAAGCCUGGUCUUGGUGUCGCAUGGGGCCAUUCAGAUGGCGGCGUAUGAGGAGCUGAAGCAGCUCAUGCUGGCUCUGCGAUCACCCACAGCAUGGGCACCACGUACACCCUCUCCACCACACGUUGACUCACAUCCCUCCUCCUCCUCUCUUCCUGCUGUAACAGAGCUGUCCCCAUGGGACAUAGCUGCAGUGGGAGCAACUGCCAAGCUGUGUGCUGCCUCUGCCACCUACCCCUACCAGGUGGUUCGAGCUCGACUGCAGAUGCGUCCAGACGAGGCCGGCCAGCUCAAGUACCGCAACACACGGCAUGCCGUCACCAGCAUGUGGAGGCUCGAAGGCGCACGUGGUUUCUACAAGGGCUUUCUGCCCAACCUGCUGCGAGUCAUGCCCUCGGCAUCCAUCACCUUUGCUGUCUAUGAAGGCAAGGUGAAGCAGAUCGUUGGCUCCACACUCCGCGACCUGCCCUCCCAAGACUCAUCAGCCACCGCCUCCUCUUCUUCCUCCUCUUUUGAGCCUGUGACCAACUUUGAGUCAGAUCGCAGUGCAGCAGAGUAUGCCAGCAUGUACGCCGCUGAUUCGCUGCCAGGAGGCCACGUCAUCAUGCUGGGGGCCGAUCCAGCCAGUCAGGAGGCAGCUCUUGGGGCGCUGAACGCCUUCCCAGGUGGGCUGCACGUGGGUGGAGGCAUCACUCCAGAGAACGCUGAGAUGUACCUGGACGCAGGGGCCAGCCACGUCAUCGUCACCUCGGUAUGGUGUUGUCACCUCAGUGUGGUGUUGUCACCUCGGUAUGGUGCUGUCACCUCGUACGUGUUUCGAGAAGGCAAGGUGGACGACAAGCGGCUGCGCAGGAUGUACGUGUUUCGAGAUGGCAAGGUGGAUGAGGAGCGGCUGCGCAGGAUGGUGAAUGCAGUGGCACCCGAGAGACUGGUGCUGGACCUGAGCUGCAGAAAGAAGGGCGAGCACUACUACGUGGUGACGGACCGCUGGCAGCGCUUCACAUCGCUGGUGGUGGACGGCGAGUCGCUGGCGCGGCUGGCCGACUGCUGCGAUGAAUUCCUCGUGCACGGCGUGGACGUGGAGGGCAUGAAGCUUGGCAUUGACGAAGAGCUGGUGUCUCUGCUUGGGAAAUAUUCACCAAUCCCGGUGACCUAUGCAGGAGGUGUUCGCUCACUUGAGGACCUUGAGAUUGUGAAGGCAGCUGGAAGGGGAGCGGUGGAUGUGACUGUAGGAAGUGCCCUCGACAUCUUUGGAGGGGAACUGCCAUACAGAGAGGUCGUGGAGUGGCAUAGAAGCCAAUCAAUGGUCUAG